AUUUAUUUGCUUCUAGCCUUCUUGACUAAUACUCAAUGUCCCGACCUAUGAAAGCAAAAUUCCAUAUUACUUCUUUCGCACUCUAUGUACUUUUGUUGCCACGUUCUGGUGUUCAAUAUCCACAAUGGGGUUGAGGUUAAUGAGACAGUGCCCAGCUUAAGGAUGAACUGCUGGGAAACCUGAUAACAGAGGGUUAGAAGCUGUUGCUGACUUCAGGAAGUGGGGUGGGCAAGGGAAGAAUGUUUCAACACCAUCUGAGUACAGUUAAUGCCUGUUGGUUUUACGUCUGCUGCCCAGAUUGGAAAUCUGUUUGGGAGGAAGCGCGCCACAGUAAUCACCGUCUACACCGGGGCUUUCAGUUCCGCGACGGUUAUCUUCCUGUUGGUCAAGGUGGCAUAUGAAGCUGGUUUCUCCGUGAUGGCGAUUUUCCUGUUCAUUAGUUGCCUCAGCGUCCUCCACGUACUACGCACGGUCUUUCUCGUUCCAUGGAAACACAUCCCCUAUCCGCUGCCUGAGGGCUUCAGCUACGGGGUGAACUGUGAAAAGGAUCGACUCAUGGACCAUGCGAUCAAGACCACUCAACAGGGGGAUUCUACACUGGCAGUGGAUCAGAUGGAGGGAAACAGGAAUGACAGGAGGGAGCAGAUUGAGGGAGAUGCCGGAGAGGCAGGAAUGAUCUGGGAAAGGGAAAUGAGCACCAAACCAUAA